GGCGCUGCGGCGGGGCCGGGCCGUGCUCGCCUCUCCGCCGGAGCUCCCGCCUGGGGCCGCUCGGAGCGCGGGCAGGGGGGAUGCGCGGCCGGGCGGCGCGGGCACAGCUCCGGGGCCAGCGUCCCCCCCGGGGCAGCGGCGGCCGCGGCCGCCCACGCGUGGCGGCCCUGGGACCCGGAGCGGGCCGGAGCGGAGGGAUGACAUCUAAGGAUGCUUCAGGUGAAGCUAAUAAUAACUGGAGAUGACUUCGGCUAUUGUCCUCGGAGAAACCAAGGCAUUGUGGAGUGUUUCCUGGCUGGUGCGAUAUCCAACGUGUCCCUUCUAGUCAACGGAAGUGCUGCAGCAGAUGCAGCCAAGCUGGCAAGGAGACACAACAUCCCAAUAGGCCUGCAUGCCAACCUCUCCGAGGGCUCCCCUGUGUGUGAGGUGCUCAAGACAAACUCUUCUCUGCUCAACCAAGAUGGAUUCUUCCAUGGAAAAAUGGGAUUCAGAACAGCUCUAUCAAAAGGUCUCCUGAAUAUGUCAGAGGUGAAACAGGAGCUAAAGGCCCAGGUGGAGCUGUUCCAUGAGCUGACAGGUCACCUACCUCCUCACAUGGAUGGGCACCAGCACGUCCAUGUCCUCCCAGAGGUCAGGCACGUAUUUGCAGAGGUGUUAGAGGAAUAUGGGAUUCAGUACACACGUGUUCCAAUAGAGCCAGGCCUUCAUAACUGUGACUGGAUUCCACCAUCCCUGAUGGACUUUUACCUGGGAGUAGAAGAAGAUUCUUUUAACACAGUGGAUGUGUUUACAAAGCAUGGAAUAAGGUGGCCAGACAUUUACAUAGGCCUGAGCACCAUGGGCAGGAACAUGUCUGUCAGCAGCAUCCGCAGUGCCCUGGACAGCGCCGUGCUGCAGCUCGGGGCCAGGGCAGCGCCGAGCAGCGCCGGGACCAUCGAACUGAUGGUGCACCCGGGCUACCCCAGUGUCCCACCUGUCGGCGGCUGUGGGGAAGGACCAGAUGAUUUCUCACAGUCCUGGGAACGCCUCCAUGAACUCCAGACAUUAAUUGAGCCGGAGCUGCAGAGCUAUUACAAAAGCAGGAACAUUCAGCUGUGUUCAUUCAAAGAUCUUUAAAUAAAUGAGCAUCCAUCCAUCCAUCCUCUGAAGACAGGCAGUUGCUGACAUCCAGAGAAGCCAGAUCACUGUUAUCAGUGUCUCAGGCCCUGGUACAGCUCGCAGGAGCUGUGAACAGCCUGUGAAUGGACCACCACCACCCUGUGAGCAGCUCUCAGCAGUGCCCAGAGCCCCAGCUGCCAGUUCUGAGGCCACCAUGUCUGCUCAAAAUGUGCCAAACUCCUUCUGUGAUCCCCUCUUCACAGCACCCCAGUGCAGCACACGCUCCCAGGGCUCAGCUUCUGCCAGCAGAGGAGCAGCACAGGGACAGACUUGGCUGUGACACUGCAGCACAGCACCCUGAGGGGUCUGAUCAUUUCUCCUUUCAGACUUGAUGGCAAAACAAGAACUGUGCUGGGGAGCAGGGGCUGCUUUGGAGCAGCCACUCAGCGUAGCUCACCCACAGGAGGCCUGGACAUCUCCAGCAUUUGGUUCUCUGAAAGCAGCCAGUCCCUGCCCUCACUCGUACCUGCUCAUGGUGAGGGGUGCAGGGACACGUCACACGCAGAGCCUUCCUCUGCUCGGAGCAGUCAGGUCACAGAUGCCCCGGUGGCGUCUGCAGCUGCCUCCCAGGAGCCACCUCAGCCGGCAGGAGUUGUGUGUCUGCCUCCUGGCGUUAAGCUCCGCCCCACCCCCCUUCCCCCGGAAAGUAACAUCAGCUGCAGCCCUUCUGGAGAGGCUUCUUAUUUUUUGGAUGACUUUGCAGGAGCAGCAACUGUUGACCCAUCUGCUAUUUCAGUAACUGCUGUGUAUGGGAGCAGCAGCAACUGGUCCUGCACCACCCACUGCCCUCAGGACAGCCACAGGCUGUGCCAGCCACGAGCACGGCUGCGAGUGGAGAAGGUCCCUCCAUUUGUCCCUUUUAUUCCUGUCACCAGAGCAUUCAAACUCCAACAAGCCCCAGAAGUGCUGAUAUGUUCUUAAUUGCAGCCCUGUCAUUCCUGGGAAAAAUUAUUUUAGAUUGUUUAUGCUUAUUCUCUGCACAAGAGUUAUCUAUUUAACAUAAUUGUUCUUGUUAAUCAUGUUUUUUAAUAUAAAAUAUCUAUAUGAUUAUCAUUCUUUUAAAUGAAAAAUAAACUCAGGCCUUUUCUAUUGCAAAGCUU